AUGGAGGAGGAGACUCGUGGACCCAACGAGCAGUCGCAGUUGAUACCCAAACGCGCAAAUGGCUUGGAAACUGAGAGGAGCCACGACGACGAUGAGGUGUACCAGCUCAAAGGUGGAGAUGUUCCCACCAGCAAAUUGGUGAUCCGCGAAUUCUGGAUUGUGCUGAAAGGAUCUGUGCCGGUGAUAUUGGCAUACGCGCUGCAGAAUUCUCUGCAGACCAUCUCCGUGCUCAUCGUAGGGAGGACUUCGCCCCAAGACCUAGCCACCGCAGCUUUCUCCUACAUGUUUGCAACGUGCACUGGCUGGCUGAUCGCACUAGGAGGCACCACCGCUCUCGAUACGCUCGCAUCUUCGUCAUUCACUGGCAGCAAGAACAAGCACGAUCUGGGAAUUCUAUUGCAGAGAGCUUUCAUCACGCUGAGCCUGUUCUACGUCCCCGUAUGUGUCUUGUGGUGUUGUUCCGAGCCGCUGUUCAGGUUGCUGGGGCAAGACCCUCAAUUAUGCAAAGACAGUGCCAAGUUCUUGACAUGCCUGAUCCCGGGUGGUCUGGGCUACAUCUACUUUGAGGCGAUGAAGAAAUAUCUGCAGGCCCAGGAGAUCAUGCGUCCCGGCACCUACGUGUUACUCAUUACCUCCCCUGUCAGCGCUGCUUUGAAUUACCUCUUCUGCUAUGUCGCCGGCUGGGGCCUUCUCGGGGCUCCUCUCGCUACCGGCAUUGCUUAUUGGUUAUCCUUCUUCCUGCUUGUACUCUACUCGAGGUGUGUGGCCGGUCAUGAGUGCUGGGGUGGUUGGAGCAAGGAAAGCUUUCGAAGCAUGGGCACCUUUGCCCGUCUGGCUGUUCUGGGAGUCAUACACGUCGGCACGGAAUGGUGGGCCUUUGAGAUUGUUGCAAUUGUCGCCGGCCAGCUCGGUACCAUCCCGCUGGCAUCUCAAAGCGUCAUCAUGACGGCCGAUCAGGUCAUGAACACCAUCCCCUUUGGAGUGGGCGUCGCUGCUAGUGCCCGAGUGGGUAAUAUGCUGGGAAGUCGAAAUGCUAGGGGAGCUGCCCGAUCUGCGAACACAGCUGCAUGGCUCAGCAUGUUUCUAGGCGUCCUCGUGCUGGCCGUACUGCUAGGAACCCGCAACCACUUCGCCAAGAUCUUCAAUGACGACCCGCAAGUUGUCCAGCUCACCGCGGAGGUGCUGCCUUACGUUGCUCUAUUCCAGAUCGCCGAUGGACUCAACGGAAGCUGUGGAGGUUCCUUACGAGGCAUGGGACGUCAGCACAUCGGGGCCGCCGUCAACAUCAUAAGCUAUUACUGUGGAGCUUUGCCGUUAGGCAUCUAUCUGGCGAAAAAGGCUGGGUGGGGUCUUGCUGGUCUAUGGGUAGGCCAGUGCAUCGCCUUAUACCUGGUCGGGAUUGGCGAGUGGAUCAUCGUGGCUUUCACUAAUUGGGAAUACCAAGUCAAGAAGGCGUUUGAUCGGAUGGAUCCUCGGGAAAGGAUGGAAAAUGGCCUUCUGGCGCCGGAAGGGGACCAUCAGGAAUGA